UUNUCUGUCCACCGCAUUCUUCUGUCUUGUGAGAGUGGAUGUGGAUUUAUGCUCCUUUCUUCAUCCUCAAAUUUUCUCCCUCUUGGUAUGCUUUCUUCUUCUGUGUUUGUAAGUGUUUUGAGAGGUUGGACUUGAGAUGAGUUUUGUAUUUCCAUUUUACAUGUGACUGCACAUUGUUUAAUAUAAACUUUUUAACCAACUAGCAAAUAUUUUUACUUCUCAUUUCCAGACUAGUUUCUUUAUGGAGUUAUUUAGAGGGAGUGAAAUUGACAGAAGGGUCAUGGAGAGAGCCGGAUGUCUCAAUUAUUCUCACAGUCCUUGGGAAUCUGAAAAACAGGAUGUGUAUCAGAGGCAACUUUAUUACAAAUUUGAUAAACGAAUAUCCCGUUAUAGAGGAGAGGUGACUAGCACUCAGCAAAAGUCUCGUCUUUCUGGUAAAAAUGGUUGGCUUAUAGAAGAAGUCAUGACUCUGCAUGGGGUUCCACUUGGUGACUUUUUUACACUUCACCUGAGAUACCAGGUGGAGGAUCUACCUUCAAGAUCUGUAGGAUGCAAUGUUGAAGUAUACUUCGGAAUAACAUGGUCGAAAGAUUCCAAACAGAAAAAGAGGAUCACUAAGAAUAUUCUGUCUAAUCUUCAGGACCGCCUAACAGUCAUGUUCAGUGUACUGGAAAAGGAAUAUGUAUCAGGGACAUAGAGGAAUCCACAUGAUGCUGUCUUCGAUUUUGUUAAUUCAUUUGGACAGAAUUAUCUUUCUCGAAGCACCAUUUUGAUUAGACAUUGGAUUCUUGGGCAACCAAUCGAGGUUGAUUUGUGAGUGCUGCAUCCAAGAAGGUGAGUGGACAUGGCCUUCGAUUGAGCAUGGAAGUGAAAAUGCAAGUAUUCAAUCCAAAUAUAUUCAUUAUCUUUUCAUUGAUAACGGGAAGGCAACAAAUUUUGAUGUAAAAGUAGUUGUAUUCUGCGUUGUAUCAGAUCUUAAAGCUUGUUUAUUUUCAAAGAUCUGAUGUGAAGUGAUAGUAGAAACAGUAAUACUAUAGAGAUGCCUAAAAUAGAAAAUAAUUUUCAAUCUCACAUUUGGAUAGUAGAAACAGUAAUACUAUAGAGAUGCCUAACAUAGAAAAUAUUUACCAGGUUUUACGCUAUA